AUGGUGAAGACAGUGAAGGAGCACAGUGAGGGCAGUGGAGCGGGCAGUGAGGACAUUGGGGAGGGCAGUGAGGACAGUGAGGGCAGUGGGGAGGGCAGUGAGGACAGUGAGGACAGUGGAGCGGGCAGUGGGGAGGGCAGUGGGGAGGGUAGUGAGGACAGUGGGGAGGGCAGUGGGGAGGGCAGUGAGGAGGGCAGUGGGGAGGGCAGUAAGGGCAGUGAGGACAGUGGAGAGGGCAGUGAGGACAGUGGAGAGGGCAGUGAGGACAGUGAGGGCAGUGGGGAGGGCGGGGAGGGCAGUGAGGGCAGUGAGGGCAGUGGGGAGGGCAGUAAGGGCAGUGAGGACAGUGGAGAGGGCAGUGAGGACAGUGGAGAGGGCAGUGAGGACAGUGGAGAGGGCAGUGAGGACAGUGAGGGCAGUGGGGAGGGCGGGGAGGGCAGUGAGGGCAGUGAGGGCAGUGGGGAGGGCGGGGAGGACAGUGGAGCAGGCAGUGGGGAGAGCAGUGGGGAGGGCAGUGGGGAGAGCAGUGAGGGCAGUGAGGACAGUGAGGGCAGUGGGGAGGGCGGUGAGGAGGGCAGUGGGGAGGGCAGUAAGGGCAGUGAGGACAGUGGAGAGGGCAGUGAGGACAGUGAGGGCAGUGGGGGCAGUGGGGAGAGCAGUGGGGAGGGCAGUGGGGACAGUGAGGGCACUGAGGGCGGUUGGGAGGGCAGUGAGGGCAGUGAGGACGGUGAGGGCAGUGGGGAGGGCGGAGGCCCCGCAGCUGCAGCCUGUGCCCAGCUGCGCUUCCCGGCCCCAGGGACACCAGGCCGGGCUGAGCCGGGGCAGGAGCGGGGAGAAGCCUUUGUGCUUAAUUGA